UAAACACACAUCUGACAUUUGAUAGAAUUUUCGGAUUUCUGAUUUUUGUUGCAAAAAUUUCGCCAUCAAAGAAAUUGCUUGCGAAACAAUAGCAAUGCUGCGUUUGUUCGCCAAUACCUUGAGACUCGGCGCUACCCGGCCGCUGAGCACCUCGGCGGUCAAAAUGAGCGAUAAUCUGUUUGUCCAUCGCGAUUCACCAGAGGAUAACCCGAACAUCCCAUUCGACUUCACUGCCGAAAAUCAGAAGGAAACGGAAGCUAUUCUGAAUAUUUACCCCGAGGGACACAAACGUGGUGCCAUGAUUCCUUUGCUGGAUCUCGCUCAACGACAACAUGGUUGGCUCCCGAUCUCGGCCAUGCAUAAAGUAGCGGAUAUUCUUGGAUUGCCGCACAUGCGAGUGUACGAAGUGGCCACUUUCUACACAAUGUUCAUGCGUAAACCGACUGGAAAGUACCAUAUCCAAGUGUGUACCACUACGCCGUGCUGGUUGUGUGGUUCAGAUGAAGUUUUGGAAGCUUGCAAGAAAAAUUUGGGCAUCGGCGUUGGAGAAACGACCAAGGAUGGUAAAUUUACAAUCUCCGAGGUAGAAUGCUUGGGUGCUUGUGUCAAUGCGCCAAUGUUGGCUGUUAAUGAUGAUUAUUAUGAGGAUUUGAGCGUAGCGGAUACGGAAGAAAUAUUGUCCAGUUUGAAGAAAGGACAGCAGCCUCGUCCAGGACCCCGUAAUGGACGUUUUGCUUCGGAACCCGUUGGUGGGCUAACCUCGCUGACGGAAGAGCCUAAAGGUCCCGGAUUCGGUCUCCAAGCUGGACUGUAAGUCCAACGAGCAUAAUUUGUCAUGUGCUAGUUAACGGAAUAAAACAUUGUAAAAAAUCACCAAGCACUCUUUGAUCUUA